CAUUUAGAACUCGUAGUUAGGAGUUAUGUUACUGAUAUUAAUAUACUCUUUCACUUUAAACGUGUUAUUGGCGGCUGCUACAGAAAACUCUCAGAGAUAUGACUACGGCGCCGACAAGGACUUCAGAAGUCCAUCAAAUUCCCGAAUGGCGGCAACAAACCAUAAGCCCAAUUAUAACCUGACAUACAUCGACAAAACUGAAAAUAUAGUACGUGUGCCAAUCUUAAAAAAUUCACACGACGAUCACAAAAACAAAAGAAAAAAAUCGCCCAAGAGAACAAUACAGAAGAUCAUCAAGAAGAAUAACAAAUCAAGAAGGAAGCUGUAUCUGAAUCAAGCAACCAGUACGCCGACUAAAGCGCCUCUCAAUGAUGACCUCGACAAUUUCUAUGCCCAAGAAGAAAUGAUGCAGAAGAAUGAGAAUUUAAAUACAACUCAAGUUAAUAAUAAUAAGAAAAAGAAGAAGUGGAAUAACAGAAUAACAAGAUAUCCAAUGCCCUUCCAAAGUCUUGGGCCAAGGAGAGAUUAUCAUAAAAGGAAUAAGAGAAGCGAUGACAGGGAAGAUGUAUUUAUAUUAACUGAUUUAGAUGAAAUCGAGUUUUUGAAGAGCGACAAAGAUGAUAAUGUCGUUAAAGCUCAUUUUAAGAAGUACUGGUGAUUUAGGAUAUUUAUAAAUUAAGUUAUUGUAAUUUCAGAAGUACAGUUAAUAAACCUUUUAUAUUA